UUUCUGGUUUUGCUACAGUGUUUGGGAUUCUUCGCGGCCGCCCAAGAUGAACCGAUUCUUCGGAAAAGCCAAGCCGAAGGCUCCGCCUCCCAGCCUGACUGACUGCAUUGGCACGGUGGAUAGCCGCGCAGAAUCUAUUGACAAAAAGAUUUCUCGACUGGAUGCGGAACUAGUGAAAUACAAGGAUCAGAUCAAGAAGAUGCGGGAGGGCCCUGCAAAGAAUAUGGUCAAGCAGAAAGCCUUGCGGGUCUUAAAGCAAAAGCGAAUGUACGAGCAGCAGCGGGACAACCUUGCUCAACAGUCGUUUAACAUGGAACAAGCCAAUUACACCAUCCAGUCACUGAAGGACACCAAGACCACGGUUGAUGCUAUGAAACUAGGAGUAAAAGAAAUGAAGAAAGCAUACAAGCAAGUAAAAAUCGACCAGAUUGAGGAUCUGCAAGACCAGCUAGAGGAUAUGAUGGAAGAUGCGAAUGAAAUCCAAGAAGCACUGAGUCGUAGUUAUGGCACCCCAGAGCUAGACGAAGAUGACCUAGAAGCAGAGGAACAAGAAGAAUUAGAAAGGACAAGCAUGCAGUAUCCUGGGAACCCGAAGCAGAGGCAAUCUAACCUCGCAGAGGAAUUGGACGCACUGGGUGAUGAGCUUCUGGCUGAUGAAGACAACUCAUAUUUGGACGAGGCAGCAUCUGCACCUGCCAUUCCUGAAGGCGUGCCCACUGACACAAAGAAUAAGUAUGCAUAUGGGGUGUGCACAGUGUAG